AUGACUACCCAGAGUGAACAUAUCACGCCUAUUGUUCCCGCAUUGUCCAAUAUACCAACUGUGGAAAACCAAAAUUUUGAAGAAACUAUCGAUCACGCACCGGCAGAAGCACCACUUUCUCGACCAGAGAGCCCAGAAAAUUUCGAGCCAGAGAUAGAAGAGGAAAAUAAUGGGGC